AAAAUGUACAAAGUAUGUAUGUAUGAAUGUAUGCAUACAUACAUACAUAAUCUCAAGCAGUUGUUUACAGAUGUAUGAACGAAAUGUACAUAAUGACAAAACAGAUGUACGAAAAUAAUUUUUGAAAAAGUAUUCGUUGUUUAGUAUCUCUUUAGUAUCGAUUGCGUCUAGAUUGGAUAUUUAUUUUUUAUUCAUAAAAAAAUAUUUUUAAAAAUUUUCCAUUGUUGUUUUUUUUAAAUUUGCACUGUACAUUUUUUUAAUAUUUGAUUUUUAAAAGUUGGAGUAAAAAAACAAAAAAACACAAAGUAAAAGACAACCAACAUGAGCGGUGGUGGCUAUAAGGAUUUGGCAGCUAUGAAGAAAUUAUUUAACUCUUGGGAUGUUGGAAUACUUUAUGAGCUGUUUAAAGAAGAAGAUAUUGGCAUUGAUGAGCUUAAAAUGAUGCAGUUAAGUCAUAUAAAUCAUUUACUACAAAAUUAUAAAAUCGGUGUACGUAUACGUUUUGAACAUCAUUUCAAUAAUUGGCGACUAAGAAUUGGACUGCCCUUAAAAACAAUCACUUGUUGUGGUUGUCAUCAUAAAGUAUAUGAUGUUAUUGGUAAUGGUUAUGUAGAAUCUGAGAAUUUCGAAGAAGUUAUAACAGAUAAUAUUAGUAAUGGUAUUAAUUUUGGAGUUAAAAGAAAAAGACAAAACGAUGAGGUGGCACAUAAUUAUUAUGAUGAAUCUCAGCCACCAUUAUCGCCACAUUCGAUAAAAUCCGAACAUUCUUUAGUUAAACUAAUGACAAACUCUAAUGAGAGUAAUAAUCUUACUGGUGUAGCUGUUGAAUCAUCCGGUUCACCAACAGUUCAGCAAACUAACAAUACGGAUGAAGAAAACGAAAUGGAAAAUUUAAGUAUAAAUGCAUUGGCAGAUAUGUUAUCCAGUUCCAUCGGUGAAUCACCACCUAAAUUUCCCUCAAAACCAACAAACGAAAAAUGUCCCGUUAAUUUAGCAACCAUUUUACAACAGUCCGGUCAACGUGCCCACAGUAUUGUUAGUUUCUAUAAAGAAAAAAAGCGGCUGACGAAUGUACAUCGUGCCCAACUUAUACAGACUAUUGUCGAGUAUUUCGAUGAAAAUGAUUAUCAUUUAUCCCUAAAUAUGAGUCACAAUCUAGAAUGGGAAAUAUUGAAAAUGUUUCCUACCGAAAAGCUAGAAUACUAUCGUACAGAAAAACGUGGUAAAAUUUAUGUGAAAUUUUCCAAUAUGAAACGUUAUAAACGUGAACGAACUAGUAAAGUAUGUACGGAAAUACUUGAAACUACAAAUCUACGUUCUCGUCAUACGAGAAAUGAUGAAAAUAAUGAAGUUCUAACUGAUGGUCGAAAUGAUGAUAUGAGUAAUUGUGAAUGGCCUACAAUUGCUGAACCUGAAAUCGAGGUGAAAGAGGAAAAUGCUGAGAAAAUAGAAAUGAAUAAGUAAUUAUUAAUAAUUAAUAUGUAUUUACUAUAUUUCUAUAUGGAAAUUAAAAUAGAUUUUUAUUUUAAAUAAAAUAUUAUAAAUUUUAAUAAAAAAUGGAAAAUUCGA